AUGCAGAAGAAAAUCUCUCUAGUCCCCUUCUGUGAAAAGCAACCUAAUAAAUUAAAAAAACAAAAUCUAUAGAGAGAGAAAGAGAGUAAGAUAUAUAAGGAAAGAAGAUAGCCGAGUAAGUUUGGUGUCAUGUUUUGGAUUAUUUCGUCGUGUCUCGCUGGUUUUCUUCUUGUGUUUUAAGAUCGCGCGGACAUUAAAAGUCGGUUAUCCGGUAAAAGGGCCUUCAGAUGGAAAGAACCACACUGUUGGGUUGAAUAUGGGAUCCUCUGUCACAGAAAACAUGUUCGGUAGCAAACAGUAUUCAAGUGAUAAAUUUCACAUCAAAGGAGAAUUUGGGAUGUGUAACGAGUGCACAAGUUCAUGCUCAUGUUGUAUGGCGGCUUCACUGCUGAGAAUGAAGGCCGAUGUUGGGUUUUCAUAUGAAACCUCCAAGGGAAAAGUAGACGCUCAAUACUCUCGCAGUGGUGCUGAUAUGCUAUCCCCUGUAGAUAGUUCAUGCAAUAGUAGAAAUCUUUCCACCAGCGAGAUUAGCAACCUUCUAAGUGCAUGCUCAAGUCAUGAUUCAUUCUCUGAAAAUGAAGAAAGUAAAGACACUUUGAGAGCAUCUGGUACUUCUGAACACUCUGAGAUGCUAGUAGAAGUAAAUGAUCAGCAGACUGCUCGGAAAAAUCCUGGUUUAUCCAGAACAAUACUAUUUCGUGAUAGCAAUAUGUUGUUUAAAAAUCAUCAGAAGCCAAAAGAACUGGAAUGCAUUGGUGAUGAUGCCUCUUGUAUUAGUGGUUCAGAGUACACAGACAAGAUUGCUGGUGAUCAUCAUUGCUCUACAGAUAGGAAGAAUGUAUCGUCUAGUUCAACCUCAAUUGAAAGUUUUCCUGCAAUUGAGAAUGCUGCCAAUGUUCUACCUACUCUCUGUUCUUUAGAUAAAGGUCAAUUUGAUACAAUAGACAAUAAUCAGCCUAGAACCUUAAUCAAGUCUACCAAAGAAUCUUCACCAACAAUUGCAGUUUUUUCAAAUAAAUCUCACCAAAUAGAUAUUUCUUCAGCUAGAGAUUUCUCUGUUGGGGCCAACUCAUCAAAGGGAAAACCAUCUGAGUGCUCCGAAGAGCAAAUAGAAUCACCACUGAUGAGAGCAGCAACCUUUUGGGUUGAUGCUAAGAUACAUGAAGAAGAGAACCACACAGAACCUGUGAAAUCUGAGAUUGAAAGGAAAGAUGGAGAAACUGCGGUUGCAAAAUGUUCAGAUCAGAAGGGAGAUGAACCCGCUAAAUGGCAACCCACUCCAAAGGCUCAGCCCAUGUACUAUGAUGGUGAACUGGACCAAAUGCAAGAUGAGGUAAAAGUCUGUGAUAUCUGUGGGGAUGUGGGUCAGGAGGAGAAGCUUGCUACAUGUAGCAAGUGCACUGAUGGAGCAGAACACAUAUAUUGCAUGCGUGAAAAGCUGGAGAAAGUUCCAGAAGGAAAUUGGAUGUGUGAAGAGUGCAUGCUUGGGGAUGAAAAUGAAAGACAAGAGAAAACUAACUUUGAAAAAGAAGAGGCAGUUCAAUUAGAGAAAUCAUCCCUGAAUGAGAUAAUAAAGAACUCCAAAAAUUCAGGUAGCUGUAAGAUUAGUUUGGAAUCAGAUACUAAAGGGAUAGGUGUUGAUAAGAACAGAAGAAAUGAUGGUUCUUCCUGUCACUUCCCUGCUAAGAGACCAGCAGAUGAUUCAGAAACCUUCACUGCAAAAAGAAUGGCCCUUGAAGAAGGUCACAACUCAUCUAUGCUAUCCAAAGAAUCCAAUCCUUGCAGCAAAGUGGAAAUUUGUCUGGGUUCUUCCCUUAAGAACAUUGAUACGAGGAAAAUGAAACCAGCCUAUGAAGGUUCUCUUUCAAAAUCAAAAUCACCUCUUGAUAUAAGUUCAAGAGUUGAACUCCAACAGUCAGAGGGUGCUGUCAGCAAGCAAAAUUUGGGGAUAGUAACUGCUACCUGUGGCAAUAAGGAGGGGAUUGGCAGGAUACCAUGCAAAUCUGCAUUCAAGAAAGCUAGCUCAGACCAUGUAAAUGCUGCUGACUCCAAGGUUAAAAAGAUCUCUUCUAAUUUGGCCCAUGUAGAAGAAAUGAAAAGACUAAGACAUGUAAAAGGGCAAAAUUUGGCUGUGUCAGAAACUAUAUUCCAUAAAUCAUUGAAAUCACCAGUUUCCGAUAAUCAUGCUUCUGCAUCAAUGAGGGAUAAAAGAACCCUGCAUGGAGGGGAAGCUAGUGUACUGCCUUUGUCUCCGCCCAGACAUCGUGAUAUGAUGGCUGUCGAAGGUGGAAAAUCAAGUAGCUCAUUAACAUCCAUCAGGGAUGUUGCUCAUAGAAACUUUCCAAAUGAAGAACAAAAAAGGCUUCUCAAUGAUGCAUCAAAUGACGAAGCAUUUGCUGCCAGAUCAAAUCAAAAUAAUUUGAUCUCCAUCCACCCUUCUAACGAACCAUCUUAUCUGAAAGGAUUGACCUGGUUACCUUCUGCAGUGGAUGUUCCUUCUUGGGUUUCUGUUGUCCCACAGCUUGAGUGCAUAUGGCAAGGUGGAUUUGGAAUUCAGAGAAGUGGAGUUUUUAUUAGUUCUUGCGAUGGCAUUCAAGCACACGCAUCAAGUUGUGCUUCACCUAAAGUUCAUGAAAUAGUGCGUAAAUUUCCCCAGAAAAUUCUAGUAGAGCAAGCAUCCUGCUUGGUUAUGUGGCCAACUCAGCCCUCAGAAACCGAGGCCAAAGAAGAAAACAUUGCGCUCUACUUUUUUGCCAAGGAUUUGGAGAGCUAUGAAAGCAACUACAAGAUCUUGAUGGAAUACAUGACCAAGAACAACUUGGGUCUAAAAGCAAACAUUGAUGGACUUGAUCUGCUAAUAUUCUCAUCUAAGCUGCUUCCAAAAAGAUCCCAGCGUUGGAAUCAAAUGCUGUUUUUAUGGGGUGUAUUUAGAGGGAGGAAGAUAAAUUGCUCACAGGAAACUCCAAAUCCUCAAAGGACUUGUUUUUCCGAGUUGAAUGUGGCACAUUCUGGUUUGCAGAACCUGCAUUCCUCUGCGCAUGCGAGUGGAAUUAUGUCUCCCUCAAAUAUUUUUAACAAUAUUCAACAAACAUCAGAUUCAGUUACCUCAUUUGAAGUGCCUACUCUUGCUAGAAUGGGCGAGAGCUGCGAAAACAAGGUUUCUUCUCCACUUCAGAAGCUUUUAGGUUUUCAAACUUCCGACAAAUGGCUGAGCUAUGAUGGCACUUCAAUGAAGAGUGAAUGGUUGUCUAGGAAUGUGAAAAACAAUGACCCUUCUCAGGGGCAAGAAAAGGAAAAAGAGAGAGGAAAACAAAUUGAUCCAAAUAGAGAGAGUGAUAUAGAAAUGGUAACUGUCGAUGAAGAAUGCGAGGGCAAAAGGAUAAACAAUUUCAAUGGAAUGUUGGAACAUAGUUCUUCUGAUGACUUCCAGUUUUUGGGUGAUAGAUUGCCAUCUGGGGUAAUUGAUCUUAGUCCUGUUUAUAUUAAGUCCGUGCAGUGUCAAGUCGGUUCCAUGAAUGGUGGGAAUCCUUCGGAAUCUGGAAAUCCAAACCUUGAACUUUCCUUGGGAUUUGGGAAAAGAUCAUGCGAUCAUGGGGCUGUUUCCCUGCUUCCAAAUGUCGGGCAUAAUAUAAUCAAAGACACUAAGGAUUCCAAUGAAGUAACGAGCAACAAAAAUAACGAGUACUCGACGUCUCUUACUCUUUCUCUGGCCUCGGCUACCUCCAUUGAAGAGAAAGAAGCGAAGCGGGUUAUGGAACCAAAGCUUUUGUUUCCUACCAUGGAUGCUUCACUGUGUCUUUCACUGUAAAUAAUGUUUAGGUUUUCAUAAUGGAUCGGCAAAAUCAGUUCAUGCGCCAGCAUUAUACUUUUUUGCACAUAUAGUGAUGCUCUGCAUGCAAGUCUCCCUUGCAAAUGUAGAAGGAAAGAUUAGGGGAAUUAGUGUAGGAUGUGUCCUUGUGGUUGCGAACGACAUCUCUGUACUUGCAGCCAAAAUGUCUUCUCUAUAUAAAAGCGUACUCUUUACAGCUCUUGCCGUUAAA